GACAAGAUUUUCUGUCCAAGCAGCGGAGCCAGAGAUAGAACUUGCCAGUAUAAUCCCUACUUUUGAUCCCAACGCAGAUACUGCUGUUGCAAAAUCAACAGGUUCCGAACCCAUCACCACAACUGCUGAAAUCAAUGAACAUCCUGUGACACCUGUUACGCUGAGAAUACCCAAAUCAGCCAUAGCCAACAGUUCUUUCAAGGACGAUGACAUUUCUCCUAAAGAAGUGCGAUUCAAUUUUGCAGCCAAAAGAGAUUCAAUCCAAGUACCGGAUACUCAAAAUAGCAAGCCAAAGAGCAGUGAAAGAACGAACUUACUAGAUGUUGAAAAUGGGGACUCAGAUGCAGAUCAAGAUUUAUAUCUUUAUCAGAGCGAGUCGAAGAAAGCCCCGACAAUGAGCACGUUCCUGUCCAGGAUUGGUAGCUAUAACACGGUCCUGCAGAUGAAGAAUAAAACAGACGGUGCAGAUUUGUCAACGCUGAUGGGUGUAUAUCUACCUUGUUUACAGAAUAUUUUCGGAGUUAUUCUCUUUAUCAGAAUGCCAUGGAUUGUCGGGCAGGCGGGGGUUGUUCAGGCCUGCUUGAUCAUCGCAGUUUGCUGUCUAACCACGUUUCUGACUUCGGUGUCUAUGAGUGCGAUAGCAACUAACGGGGUGGUUCCUGCUGGUGGUAGUUAUUUCAUGAUAAGUAGGACUCUAGGACCGCAGUUUGGUGGUUCUGUGGGCAUUAUAUUCUUCCUGGGUGUUAGCUUUGCUGCUAGUAUGUACAUCGUGGGAGCGAUAGAGAUAUUGCUGAAUUACCUAGUCCCACAAAUAAUAAUAUUUGAUGACAUAUGGCACAACAUGAGGUUGUACGGUGAACUCAUGCUGAUACUGUUGACUUGUAUUGUAGCUGUGGGUGUUAAACUGGUGAACAAGCUAGCGACCCUGUUUUUAGCCUGUGUGAUUCUGUCCAUCCUAUGUAUCUACGUGGGUAUACUCGGGAGUCUGGGAUCUGUAGACGUGUGUGAGAAGUCGGUUGAGUAUAACAAUGAAACCUUCAGCUACCUGCUCAAAGUGGGUAAAGACAAAUUACUGCUAGCUGAGUGUGAGAAUGAGACUUAUGGUGGACAUAUCACGACUGGGCUGACAAAUCUGCUGGAUUUUGAGAACUUUAAAAGCAACAUUGGACCCUACUACCAGGGUGCCGGAGAUAUAGCACCCGGUGUCCAAGUGGGAGAUAAAGAUACUCAAGUGUACAAUGAUCUGGCUACUUCUUUCACCAUCCUUCUCGCUAUCUUCUUCCCAUCCGUCACUGGUAUAAUGGCGGGUAGCAACAGAUCCGGUGAUCUAAAGAACGCACAAGGGAGUAUACCCAAAGGGACGAUAGCGGCUAAUCUCACCACGACGGUCGUUUAUCUUGUAACUGCUAUUCUUUGCGGAGCUGCUGCCACCAGACAAGUGUUGUGUGACAAAUACGGAGAAAGUAUUGACGGUGGUUUAGUAAUGUCCCUGAUAGCAUUCCCUCACCCUUACGUUGUGGUGUUCGGUUGUCUCCUCUCCACUAUAGGGGCUGCUCUACAGUGCCUGAUCGGGGCUCCCAGACUCCUCUACGCUAUUGCCGCUGAUGACGUUAUCCCCGUUCUCAAGUUCUUUAGCGUCACCCUUGAGAAUGGUGAACCCUUCCGAGCUCUGAUCGCUACUUUCUGUAUCGCUAGUAUUGGCUGUGCUAUUGGAAAUGUUGAUCUGGUGGCUCCCAUCAUCACUAUGUUCUUCCUUGUGUGUUACUCGUGUGUAAACCUGGCCUGUACUCUCCAGAGCUUGUUACAAGCUCCUAACUGGAGACCUAGGUUCACACUCUAUCACUGGGCAACUUCUCUUCUGGGCCUUAUCAUGUGCCUCACUCUCAUGUUCAUCAGCAAUUGGAUAUACGCCAUUGUAGCCCUUUCCAUAGCCGUGGGCAUCUACAAGUACAUAGACUUCAAAGGAGCUGAGAAGGAAUGGGGAGAUGGUAUCAGAGGGUUGCAGCUUCAAGCUGCUAAAUACUCUCUGCUAUCUGCCGAUCGGGAGUCACUGCACAUCAAGAACUGGAGACCCCAGCUUCUAGCUCUCCUCUCCUACAAAGAAACACUGACUGAGGACAACCAGGGGCUUCUCUCUUUCAGUAGGAGUUUGAAACACGGUAACGGUCUGGUCAUUGUGGGCACCGUGGUGCCGUAUGAUCUGAUAAAGCUGCUUGAUGAUAAUGAUGUACUGGAGAAACAGAGGUCACUCCUGGAGCAGGGAUUGAAGGAGCACAAGUUGGCAGGUUUUAUUCAAGUCACGUGUGAAGAGAGCAUUCCUAAAGGAACCACCACAUUGUUACAAACAGCGGGACUGGGAGGACUUAAACCAAACACCAUUCUCAUGGGUUGGCCGGAAAACUGGAAGACCAAAAACAGCUUCGAAAACUUCUCCCGAGUUGUCAGAUGUGCAACAGUACUGCGACAGUCUGUGCUGGUAGCACGAGGUUCUUUCCCUCAGAGGAAACAGAAGUUAGCAGGAGGAACCAUAGACGUGUGGUGGGUGGUGCAUGAUGGUGGGAUGAUGUUGUUAAUCGCUCAUCUAAUUAAGCAGCAUAAGACCUGGAGGAAAUGCAGACUCAGGAUAUUCACUGUAGCUCAGUUGGAGGAUGACAGUGUGAAGAUGAGGAACGAUCUGAAGAACAUCUUAUACGAACUGAGAAUUGAUGCCACCGUACAAGUUAUUGAGAUGAGUAACAAAGACAUAUCAGCGUACACAUACGAACGUACUGUAAACAUGGCUGAAAGGAACAAGAUGAUGGAAUACAUGGGUCUCACAAAAAGACAAAAGAAGCGCACUCUCUCGUUCGUAGUUGAGUCCGCUCAUACCCCGGGUACUAGUGGUAUAGAGUUAGAUCCUGCUCUCAUGGAAGCAGAGGAAGUUCUCAACGAGAUGGAGACAGCAACACAGCAACAUGAAGCAGGUCCCGCGAUAGUGGAACCGGAGGAGGAACAAGACAAACUUACGGUAAGAAGGAGUCAGUUGAAGACGGACCAGCUGUUAGCGAUGGACACUAGUGUAAAACUGAACGGUUUAGUCAGAGAACAUUCCAGUGAGGCAGUGUUAGUGUUAAUGAACAUGCCUCCCCCUGUAACUCCUUUCGUCGACUCUAUGACAGAUCAGAACUAUGUAGAGUACCUGGACGUGUUAACAGAAGGGCUCAAUAGAGUUCUACUAGUUAGGGGAUCUGGUACAGAGGUAGUUACUGUGUAUUCAUGAGUGGAGCUAGGAUCCAGUCACCAACACCCUCUCUGGAUUCAGAGACAAUUUGAAGUCUCAUCAUUCGCUAGUUACUCAUUGUUUGUGUCGAGAUAGCCUCAAAUCAUGGGCGGAUCUCACUCAUGCUUUCUUAUUCAGAUCAAUAUCGAUUUCGAUUUUAUCAGUCAGUGACUAUAUUGAAAUCAGGAACUUGUUUAGUGGCAAAUAUCACUUUAUCAGUUUCGUCUAUAGAUAUCUGGAAGGGCGAACCAUAUUUGUUUUGAUUUGUGACAGUGAUUUUGGGUUUUGAUUGGCUAAUCGCUGUCGACGCAUCAGGAAAAAUAUGGUUCGCCACCCAGUCUAUUGGACACCGUGUAGAUAGUGAUUCAUUAUGGAUGUCCAUUAUUGUAUUGUUGAUUUUAUAUUAUUAGGCUAGGCUGAAAGUGAAAACCAAGACGAUUGCUGGUUUAUUGUAUACUUUGUAAUUGUAGCUUUUAUUUUGUAAGCACGAUCAAAGGUGAUUGUUAAUUUUAAAAUGUAUAAUUUUAAGAAUAAUAUUAUUAUCAUAAAUUAAUUAUUUUUAGGGCUAGGGUUUUUACUGGUACCUUUUUAGAAUUCCACCCGAAGAAUGUUGCAUCGUUAUUAGAAUAGUAUUCCUGUAUUUGUAAAUUGUACAUAACCGUCCCACUUUAUCAUACGAUAUCAUUAUGUAAAAUAUUCUUAUGUUAUGGUUGUGUUAAUUUUGGUGUUUUGGAAGAACUCUGAAUCUGCAUACAAGCUUAUAGGAUCAUGUUUAGGAUCAGUAUCUAUAUUUAUACGAGCUUGAAAUCAUUGUAAAAAGUUAUUGUUGAUACCAUGUAUUAAAAAUCACUGUCAUGAGAAA